UGCGGCAGUUUUCAUUUCGGAACGGAUUGGAUCGGUUGGUGUUUUUUUCGCGCUCGGUUUAAUUUUUCAAAUGUGAUUGCAGCGUGAUGUGUUGUUUUUGGUGAUUCUUGACAAGCGUCUUUCCCCCGGAGAAUAACGAAAUCGAUUGUGCAAAAAUUGAUUCAAAAUCCAAGUGCCUUUCAUUGAAAUUGUUGUUGGAAUGCAAUUGGUUGCUCGUGAAUUUUUGAGGACUUGCUCCAAGUGGAUGAGUUUGUGAAGAGUUUUGUGCCAAAUUAAGGGAUUUAUUGCGUUAAAGGCGUACUUUUUACUAUUGCGGAUAUCACGGUUGUAGUUUGUAUGGUCAACGAACAACAUUCUAUGGACACACCUCGAAUCAGAUAUUCAUGACGUGAAAGAAUUGUAUGUUGCUGUACCGAAAUCGAUGGAAUGUUUGGCUUAAUUUCUUGAAAAUCACAGGAAGUAUAUAAACACUACAACCCACAUUAAAAGGUAGAUUACUCCAGAAUUAACUCAGACUCCACAUUUUGAGGAUAUAUUCAGGAGAAAACAUCAUAACGACCGCCAUAUUAUCUCUCUCCACGGCCGCCAUUUUGAAUCCUUAAAUAAAUUUAAUAUUUAUUUCACUACAAAAGUUGCAAUAAAAAUCUAAAAUCGUGGCGCAUCAACAGAAUAAAAUAUCAAGUAAAAUGGCAGCGAGUACUGGUGAUAUUUGGUUACAAUGGUUCUCAUGUUGUUUUCAUCAACCGCAAUCACCAACACGUCGGAGACGACAAAGAUUACAUAUCGAUCGUUCAAUGAUCGGUUAUCCAACAAAUUUUGUACAUACCGGCCAUAUUGGUUCAGCGGAUGUUGAAUUGUCCACAAAUCACCUGAAUGCCAUACAAAAUCAAAUGCAAAGUAAAGGAGGCUAUGAAAUGAAUUCGCUGAGAUUACAGGCUUGCUGAUAAAAAAUGAUCUCCUUAUAAGAAUAUAUUUGCAUACACCGUCAUCAUCGUAAUCAUCACAUGGCCAUUAAUUAACAGCACCUGGAAGAGUAACUGGAAGAAGAGAAUAAUUGUUUAUAUCGCCAUCGGUUACAGCAACUAAAUUGACAACACAAUGAGUGACUUUAAAAUUACAAUAAAUAAGCAAUAAAUUUAGAGAAUAAUAGAACGGCAAACAACGUUAGUUACACGAUUGAAUCACAAAUAAAAUUACCACGUUAUUAUCGUUUGCUAUAGAAUUCCGUCUAGCUUUUCCGUCAGUUAGACAAACUGGAGAUUCGAAAAGCUAAGUCGUUUGAGUUUGACAUAGCAAAGAAACAUGUAAAUAGGAAAAUAUAAGAUUUUUGUAUGCCCUACAAAGUCCCCUUAAACGAAUCAAACAAAAAGUACUUGAAAUUCCAUUGGCCAAAUAGAAUGAUGGUUUCAUUUGUUACUUCCAACAAUUUCUAUUCGAAUAAGAAUAACAAAGGAAGAAAAUCAAAAAGUAAUGACCAUAAAGUUAGAUAUACGAAAAGAUUAUUAGAAUAGGAAAUAUACUAAAUCUAGCAAUGCAUUACGUUAAGCGAAUAAUGAGAAGAAUUUUUACAAUUGCAGAGAACUCUAGAACGUUAGUUAGUGUAGUUUGUAAUAUGGAAACUAAGCAGGGUUUUCGCAGUUUCUGCGAAGCUCUGCAAAGUGGGGAGACACUUUGUUGAGAACAACCAGUAAAAAGAAAUUAUGCGAGUAUAGAAGUUACUUAAAUGAUAUUUUGUACUUAGUGUAUAGUGUGUACAGCAAAUUGAUUAAUCCUUAUACAACCGAGUACUCUUUUCUCCCGCAUUGAACUGGAGCUUCCUUGCAAUUUUGACUAUUAUUUAUUUAUUAACCAACCCGCUCUUUACUCAGAACUGAGAUUUAUUUAAAAAAUUAUAUAUUUUCUAAUAUCUAUUCUACUGUAAUGAGUCCUUUUCUUCGUUGAAAACUGUCAUUGAUGUCUGUUUGAUGUUGAAGAAUGAAUACAAAGCUAAAGCACAA